CACACACACACACAUUUAAUGCGUGCGCGACCUUUUCCAAAGUGCAGCCAUCUAUUUGGAGCUGUGCCUGGAGAUGUUAGUGAGGAGAGGAUAGAGAGGAUGGUUCCCCUCUUCAUGGUGGGUUUUGAGCGAUGUUGCUUGGAAUUUGGUGAGGAUGGAUCAUUGAGGGGAUGAUGAAACCCACAGAAGAGAAAAGGUGUGUUUUGCUCGUGACGAGUGGGUGAGGAUGACCGAGAGCCAAGGUGGACACGAGCCGAACCGAACUCGAGAGUUGAGAGCUGUCGUUGUUCGCAAGAAACAAAGAGAGGGCACAUUCAAACUGCGGGUCAUCUUCUUGGAUGACAGUGAGAGCAUAUUUGAGGUUGAGCAAAGGAUCCUUGGAAAUGAUUUCUACAACAAAGUAUGUGGGCACCUGAAGCUGUUGGAAAAAGAGUAUUUUGGCCUUGAAUUCCGUCACCAGUGUGGCAGUUAUAUGUGGUUGGAACUGCUAAAGCCCCUGGCCAAGCAAGUAAAAAACACCAGUGAUCCAACGUUCCGCUUCAUAGUGAAGUUCUUCCCCCCAGACCCCGGGCAGCUGCAGAAAGAACUGACCAGGUACCUGUUUGCAUUGCAGAUUAAACAGGAUUUGUCCAAUGGGAGUCUUACGUGCAAUGAUAACAGCGCUGCUCUCCUCGUCUCACAUUUACUGCAGUCAGAGCUAGGUGACUACGAGGAGGAACUUGACUUGCAACAUCUAGAGAGCAAGAAGUACGUACCCAACCAGGAGUGCCUCCACAAGAAGAUCCUGCGCUUCCACAAGAGGCACAGGGGCCAGACACCAGGUGAGGCAGACAGCCAGCUGCUAGAGGUGGCUCGGAAGCUGGACAUGUACGGGAUCCGCCCACAGGCUGCCAGUGAUGGAGAGGGCACCAAGAUCAACCUGGCCAUCACACACUCUGGAGUGUUGGUCUUCCAGGGCAACACCAAGAUAAACACUUUCAGCUGGGCCUCAAUCCGCAAACUGAGUUUUAAAAGAAAGCAUUUUUUGAUUAAACUCCAUGCUAAGAUUGUGCCCUCUCGUAAGGACACGGUAGAGCUAGCCAUGGCCAGCCGAGAUGUUUGUAAGGCCUUCUGGAAGACGUGUGUAGAGUACCAUGCCUUCUUCCGUCUCUCUGAGGAGCCCAAGUCCCGACACAAGUCCUUCCUCUACAGUAAAGGCUCCUGCUUCAGAUACAGUGGUAGGACCCAUAAACAACUGUUGGACUGUGUCAGGAGAGGGGGGAGGAAGAACCUGCCUUUUGAAAGGAAGUUCUAUAAGGCCCACUAUGACAACAGGCAGUGCAGGUCCUCUCCUGACCUCCUCACUGAUGUCUCUAAACAGGUGUAUGAGCAGACCUGUGGGUUCCCCCGUGCCGACUGUGCCCCGGGUGGGAAGCGCAGUCAGUCUGCUGUGGAGGUGCUGUUCACCACUAUGGAUCUGGAGGGCCCCCMGUCCCACUCUGCACACACUUCUGCCUUCGGCCAGUCCCGCUCCUCUUCCUUCUCUGGGGCUGAGCCAGGGCCCACAGCUCUACAGGGGCUGCGGUGCCACAGUGAGAGGGCCAACCAGAGCUUCAACCGCAGCAGCAGUGUGGCUGAKGGGCCUCAGAGGGGCCGACUGCUGGCCAAUACACAGCAGCUGGUCCUGCUCUACCCCAGCCCUCACUCCCACCUUUACCCCUACCCCUGCCUGGAGCUGCACCCCAUCCUGCCCCUCUCUGCUCARGCCUACAUGUCUGGCUGCUCCUCUUUCUCMUUGGACCACGCUCCAGCCCCACUGCCUCKGUCCCACUACGGCCCCAGGCCCGCUCCCCAGGCCACCCUCCUGGACGACUUCAUCCGCUCCUCCAGUUUCUCCAACCCCUCCUCAUUGUCUCCCUGUCUGCGGCGCCAGCGUCAUCGCUACAACGUGCCUCCAGGCUUGGCCAUCGCUCCGGGGCUGUAUGCAGCCACUCUGGCUGGUUGUGGGGCUGGUCGGAGGGAAUUUGGCAGAGAGGAGACGGCAGGCCACUUCAGUGAUGACUCCAGCUACCAGGCAGGCCUGCCCAAGCGCUCCUGGAGCCAGUCUGAUAUGAAGGUCCUCCGGCCCUCUGCCCCAGCAGCAGAGUUCCGCCCUCUAGGUCACUACCCUCACCUAUCACGCCGACACUCGCCUGCACGCCCAACACACCUCCCUCUUAACCUGUCCCCCAUGCCUGAACGGCCCGCCUCUGUGUGCGUGCUAGGGGCCGGRAGCAGGACAGGGAGUGGAGAGAUCAGCCUCAGUGACUCAGACGUCAUGUUCCCAUACUACUGCCCAGGGCUAGGGAAACUGGUGCGCUCUGGCCCCCUGGCUCGGAUGCGCAUUUCAUCUGGUAGUCUGCARCUGGACGAGGGGGAGGAAGACUCCUUUAACUUAAGUGACCCUGAAGGCAGUGCAGCAACAAAGCGGUCAUGAGCCAAUCAGAGCGUUAGUAUUCGUACUGGGACAACCCCCUUGCUAUCCCUAGCCAAUCACAGCGUAUUCUCUUUGGUGGGCCUGUGGUCACAAUGGGMAGUCCUCCUGACCCAAUAAAUGUCUAAAAAGGGUUUUUGUGACCAUACCCCCAGUCUUCAGAGUCAUUCCCACAGGCCCUGAUGGUUCCGGUCACUGGUCAUAUUUGAAGAUGAAGGCAUGAGAGACACACUAAACUGAUGGACCCGACUUCAUAAGUAUGCCUUGAAGAAACCGUCAGACAAUUAAAACAAUUUUGGGAAUAGACUUUACAUUAACAAAUGUAAUUACUUGCAUGAGAUGAGUACUCAGAUAAAAGACAAAAUAGCCCCGCUUCCCUGUCUUAAUAUWUGAGCUGGAUUUUGAUGGACCCUAUAGGCUACUGUACUGGUCUCACCUCACUGUCAGUCUAAGGAACUCCAACUGUUAUUGAAACAAGUCUUUUGAAAAUGUGGUUUCUGCACAUAGACAUUGGUUCCAAAGACUGCAAGGAUUGUGGAAAUAAUAAGGACUUUAUGAACUACAUAGCUGCACAUAACAGGAAAAGUGGACCGUCUACAGAAACAAAAUGGGGAUACUGUAGACUUGUCCA